GAAAGAGUAGGGGGGAGGAGCCCCUGCGUGACGUCAAUGUAGCCCUCCCACCCUGCUUAAAUUUACAUUUUCUAUGGGUCCUGACUGAGAAUGCGCGUGUGUGUGUGUGUCUGUGAGCUCGAGCUAUUGAACAGUUUACAAAAGGCAGGGUUGAGCGGACACACCUCAAGCACCAAGAAGUGAUCCGGAGACGCGCUGAUGUGGCCUGGACCACUUUGUCGUUUUAAAUAUUAAACAAGUUGACUUGAAGAAGUCGCGUCGGGGUCGACUUUGAGGUAGGUGUGUAUGUGUUUGUGUCUGGAGCUCAUGCGUUUUUGUGUGUGUGUGAGGUUGUUCCACGAGUGCAUUAACAAAAGCGGUCCGCUCUGAAGUGUCAGUGUGAUGCCAGCGGCAAAAGCAGUAUGUUUAGGUUAAAUUCUGGAGAGUAGAGAAGAAAAGAAAAGAGAGAUGGAAAAACAAAACAAGGUUGAAAAAUUCAAACUCUUGUUGCAUUGUCUCCCUUUGUUGCGGCUCAGGACUGAAGCCAACGGGACAGUGAGGAACAAACACGUUGAGGUCGUUGUACAAGCAUGUGAAGGCGAGAAACACUUACUUUACUGUCGACUGGGUUUGUUUACUGCAAUUUAUAGACUAGUUUGUCAUGUGGGAGAAGAACAAUGGAAGAAAAAUAAACCUAGUGAUCAUUCUGUUGUCUGUGUUAUUCAGACUGUGGGACACGUUAAAGGCUUACACUCAAACAAUUGUUAAUAUAUGUUAAAAAAUCCUCAAAAUGUCUGAAUUUUAUCCAUCUUCAAUUCCUUCAUUGUCUUUUAAGGCUUUUAAAGGUUUCAAAUCUUUGCUUUCUCAGCAGCACAACAAUAAUGUUUCCUUAAAGCUUGUAUUAAGGCCCAUUUGUGAGAAAAAAACACCCUCAGAAGGGACCAUAUUUUAUGAAUGAGCUCAAUCUGAAAUCAUCAUGUGUGAGUAACUACACAGCAAUGACUGCUGCUGUCUGUGUCAGAGCACAUGGCUUCAGUCAGAGCUGACACAUUGGCCUUCUGCUGUCAGGAAGCCAACUGUCAAGUCAAAGGGGGUUUGUGUUUUUAAUAUUUUUCACAGCAACAGGUCUACAAGAUUAAACUCGUGGUGUUUUUACUUCACGGUGGCGUCAAUGUUUCAAAAGUCUCAUUGAGUUUCUGUCAAACUUUUACAAGAUGUUAAACAAACAAAUAGAACCUUAAUCCACAUUGAGGGUUAGGUAUGUGUGUUUACUUGGCAGAGGGGCAAUAGCAGACUGUAUGAUAUAACCAAGGAGUUUUGACAUGUGAAGUAGUUUAACUCUGGGUCAGGAGAGACCUUCAAAGCAGGUGGUAUGGAUGACUUUGUCGAGGUGAAGAGCUUUCAUUGAGUGUGGACUUAAGUGUGUGUGCACACAGGGAGGGGAAACUUUCCCGCACAUGUGUUAGUCAUUUGGAGGGGGAGUUUGCUAAACGAUUUACAUCUGUUUUCUGAUCUUUGAACCCCCUCUUUCCCUCCUCUCUCUCUGUUUCUCUUGCUUUUGCUGUCUUCUGUUUCCCGUAAGAGCUGAUGCUGUCACUGUGAGUGUUUGUAUGUGUGCGUGUGUGUUACAAUUGUGUCCGCCUUUUCCUCCAUCAUUACAGCACCCAGAGGAAUUAAAAAAUGUGAAUGAAAUAACUUUCUGUUUCAUAAUAGUGUGCGUUUAUUCGUGAUUUUGACAAAAUGUUCAGCUGUAUCUUUAUAAAAUCACAUUCCAAGUCAAGGACUCAACCUGACCUCAAGAAAAUGAAGGUAUGUGGGCCAGGAAUGGGUGUGUGUUCACCAGGGGAACCGCAUGUGUGUUGACAGUACUAUCUCUGACAGUCCUGCUGGUCUGUCUGUGGGCACAAAAUCCUGACUGCUCAGCAGAACGCGCUGAUCCUAAGACCCACACCACACCAGACAUAGUGUAACUGCAUGUGUUUCAUCAGGCUUUGUUACUAGGUCAUCACAGACACUUUGUUGGCUGGUGGUGAAAGUUUACUUUGAAGGGAGUACUGUUAGGUUUUUUAUAGUCUAUAAUGAGCACCGUCAACACAAAUAGGUGUAUGAGGUUCUUUGUCAUAGAGUGUGGAGCGCUUGUGGUCUCAGCAAUCAUGUCUUUACUCAGUCCUACUUCGGACUGUUUUUGCCUUGUUCAAAAAUCAUCUCAGAGUGGAGAUGCAGCACCUUUCCUGAAUCAUAUGCCACUUUUACUAACAGGCAUGAAGUUAAAUGUUAAACCUUUGAGUAAAGUUGUAGAUUGUGGUUUUCUGUUUGAAGCUUAACAGGCCAUAGGAUAGGAUGUUUAGGAUCUGUAUAUGGUGCCAUUUUACCGAAGUAACUUGAGAAGGUUAAGUUUUUCCAACACAGUUUUGGAUUGUGCGCUCUGUAGUGACCUUUACUGAAAUGUCUGAUGCAAAAAAUACAAUGUUUACAACUGAUAUAUUUCACAGAUCAUCUGUUAGUUAAAAGUGUUAGGUUAUAUGAAAAGAAACCCUCACCUAGAAGAAGCAUAGCACAUCACUCAGGAUUGUUCGAGGAGCUGUUGUCCAGAGUGUCAUUUAGAGCCAAAAUUAAUCACAUGACAAGACAUCUCAAGGUAUUUUACCACCUGAAAUAAUUCCCAGAGCAUCCAUUGAUACUCAGUUGUUGUUUUGUUGUUGUUAAAAGGAGGAAUGCACUGAGACUAUUCUGCAGCCCUGUGAGUGUGCGCUUUGCAAAACAAAAAUGAUGCAAUCCCAGAUUCCUACAACAGGACAAAGGAUCUGUUUACACUCUACUGUAGCGUGGUUGCUAUGGUUUUACAAUAUGAUGUCAUGAUUCAGGUAUUGAGUUUCCUGAUAGGGAGCUAGGGUGGGAUGGAUGAAGGAAAAGUGUGUUUGUACAUGUGGGAGUGUGUCUUGAGUUGCAUAAAAGUCAGUCAUACAAUGUUUUCUUUCUUUUUAAACAGGUCUGGUUACUUAAUUUUGAUUUACAGCUAAGAGAGAGAAGAUCUAUCUGCAUGCAUAAACCUAGGGGUGAAACUGACACAUGUAUACCUCCAAAGACUUGGCUUCUCUAUAGAAUCCCAUUGAUUUUCCUCUUGUUAUGCCGGAGCUUCAAUCACAAUACAGCACCAUUACUGUGCUGACCACUUUGCAAAGCAUCAUGGAGAAUGGAUGACACACACGCAUGCAUGCACACAGACUCUCAAUGUCUUCCUCCUUGCAGCUUGUUAGGUUGAAGUGUAUAGAGAUUUUGAGUCUGAGCUGCAUGAAUUGAAUUAAGCCCUCUGGAAGUCUGUCUUAAGAUGUAUGAUGCUUUCUUAUUGGACUUACAAACAGGAGCACAGGCCUACAGAAUAACAGAGCCACUGCUUUUUUAACAGCCUGAAGCAAACGAGGCUCUGAGAAUGUCGACUCAUGCAGGCUUUAGGAAGUUUCAUCAGACAAUGAAACGGCAUAACUGUGGUUUGUUCAGUCACAACUAAAUAUUUUCUUCUAACUUCUUUAGCAUAGCAUCAGACAGAACAAAGACUUCUCACUUCGCCUAUUUGUGGACACCUGGUUACCCUAUAAUAAAUGCGUACGCUCACAAUCAGUUGCACCCCUGUGUGUCUGUCUGUCCGUCUGUCUGGCUAACUGUAGGUUGUCUGGUUGCCCACGGUAACAGUUGUUAUUGGGGGUUUCUCCACAAGCAUGUAAACAAAGGAGAACCUCCCAAAUCCUCCUCAGUGUGCCCCCCAGCCAAUCAGAUCGGGGCCCCAAGCUGAGCGUAGCCAGUAAAUGAAGAGGAGGGGAGGGUCUCCUGCUCCAUGAGGGGAAAACAGCAGUAAAGCACAAAGCUUUGAAUCUGGAACUGGAUCAGACCGCAGGGCUGUAACAAAGACUCUUCCUUUAUGAGUGGACAGCAUUUCACAGUGUCGAGCCAGACCAAACGGCUGUGGCUUUUUAAAGAUACGGCCUGUACACCACUAAAGAGGCAGAUAUUUGAGACGCUAUUAAAGGGUGAUGUGUGUGAGGAUAGUAGCAUAUGGGCUCGUGUUUACAUGUCGGGGAGGAGGAGCCACAUAAAACGUGCAUGUGUCUUUGAUGUAUUUUCUUCAGGCAUGUCUAUGCAGCAAAACAGUUUGGAUUCGGUGCAUGUGUUGUACAUAUGUCCAGGUCCACCUGUUCUCUUAGGUCCUAUACAUGUACAUACAGGACCAUGUGUCUGUGUCAGCUGUGAGAGGGUAUAGACCAGCCUUUGUGCUCAAUUGACAGGUGUGACCCCCCCCCUCACAAAAUUCAUAGCAUGCUGUCAGAAUUUUGUCCAAGUAAGCACUUUGGUUUUCACCUUUAAAGUGAACUGUAUGGUGCCACAAUACUCUCAUCUCUGUCACUCAGAGUCGUCAGUACCUAAAUGUAGGUCAUUGGCUUUUUUGCCUCUAAAUGAAAAUUCUUUUGUGAGCAUGAAGCAAAUAAUCACUUUGCAGGUUCAUCACAUUCCUACUGUGUGACUCAAAGUGGUGUCUGUGCCUUUUCAAUCCGUCCAUUCACUCUGUAAUCUGCUUCACCGGGGGGCUCAAAACAUGCGGCAACAGCAUGUUAAAUAACUCCUCUGAAUACAAACUGUUAAUACAGGCAGAGAUUACAUCGCAAUUGGAUCAGUUUGAGCUUGUCUUUACUACAAGACACAACAAGUAUACUUGGUAUACACACUGGAGCAUAAACAGACAGAACUCUGAAAGCUUGACAUGGAAGCAGUGAAACUCACAUUUAGCAGGCUAGACUAAAUGUAGCCACUGUGGUUUUCAGAGACACCCCAAGACACAGAGAGGGACACAAAAAAACAACUCAAGAACAGAUUUAAAGAAAUACUGCCACAAGAGAGAGCUGUUUUCCACCAGGAUCACAGCUCAAUGAUAAAACAUGCAGAAAGUAAAAUAACUUGCGCAUGAGUAAUAGAGAUUUAAUGGUUCCUGUCUGUAUGUUAAUCAAAUCCAAAAACAAAAGCUUAUGUGGUAAGGGACAGGCCAAAUUUCCUAUUUUGUUCUUCCUCAAAUUCAGCCAAACUUCUCUAAAGUUGAAAGCCUUAAAAUGCAAAAAAGGAGUCAAACAGUAAGCGAGAAAACCGGUCAAAACCCUUUUUUUGGCAUCAAUAUAUCCUUAAAUUUAUAUUAGCAUGUUACAUAAAGAAGAUACUUUGAUGGUUGCUUCUAUUUCUUUUUAUACUUUAGAGAUAUAUAAAUUCAUCUGGGUUUGGCGCCAUUGGCUUAACAAUAUAAGUAUGUGCUCGAUGUACAGAGCAAUCAGCAACCUCCAGUCUUGAGAAUAAAGCAGUUGUAGAAGUGCCAAAAACUGCAGUUCCCAGAGUACCUGUUUGAGACUGGCUGCAAAAGCACCACAUACUUCACUUUUCCAGUCUGAGAAAAAAAAAAAGAUUUAUGUUCACAUAACGUUGAAUAUUAUCAACAGAUAAGAGAGGUACUGCAUGAACAACAGAAAUGAUAGAUGUUAAUCAGACCUGAGGCAAAACAAUCAUCACUUUAAGUGCAGUUUGGACUGUUGGAAAAAUGACUGUUGUGUAUGCAAAACUUGAGGCUGAUGAUAUCACUGCAGUGUCACCGGGGCCACGUGGAUUCCUCUAAAAUAACAUGUUUUUUAUAUGAGUAAUGGAAGAAGUGUUAUUGUGUUCUACAGUUUUAAUCAUUUGCUCAUUGCCAUCCCAGAAUUGUCAGACUCUAAAGCAGAAAAAAAAUAACAAAAACACAAGUCAAAGCCUAAAGAAGACUAAAGAACUGUGAGUAUAAUACAGGUUUUAAAACUUUGAUUGUCAUCUACUUUAGGAUGACACUGGUUAGAAAAAGCACAAUUAAAACGUUGAGGCGCCAGUGUUUGUAUCUGAAGACAUUCACCAUGUAGACAACCUUCAUAUUGAGCUCUACAAUCAACUGAAUUGAUGUGUAGGUAGUGCUUUAACUGAGAUUUAUAAUAAUUACCAAUACUUCUCAUCUCCGUUAUACUUCAUCUUUUAUACUGCAGUGCACAAUCCGAGUGCACAAUGCUCUUUCGUCCCAUUUAGAGCACCUUAGUUAGGCCAUGGUGGAAACUGGUUCUUGUCAAGUGUAGGAAUUAGUCUGGGUGUUUACCAUUCAUCACAGCAGUUUUCAGAGCAGCCUGGAACUCCCUUAAUGACAUCAUAAUAAUGACCACACUCACGUGCACACACAAUACACUUAUAAUGUACUUUGUGUGACUCCAGUCUUCACUGCGUGGGUGUUUGUGUGCGUGGAUGUACAUCUGUGCUUUAUGAACCCUAAAACCCUGAUUGUAAAUUCCAGUACCCCCUCUUCUCCCAAGUGACAUCAUUGUAUUCUGGGAAGUGGGGCGGAUGCUUUCGUCAGUAAGCGUUAGGUCAGAACAAGAUGAGACCCUCUGAAUUCCCCAGCCCCUCUUUUCCUCUGCUGCAGACCCCCCUUCUGACCCCAAUGCAGGAAAUACAAAACAGACCUCAACACCCCAAAUCCCAAAACUGACUUUGGAGACACCAAUGUCCUCUUGUUCUGCUCUUGUUUAUGUUCCAGACCCUCUUCUGUUUUGUCCUCUUUAACCAGUUACUAUUUAUUUGUUAUUUAUUUCCGUUUUGAACAUUUUUAAAGUCUUACUUGUCUGACUUUUAUAUAAACCAAAUCUUCACUGACAGCACAGCAGAAGUUUGAAUCUGCCAAUAAAAGCUGUCUCCGGGGUUGAACUUUGCUUUGUUCAGGCUCCUGACUUGAUUAUUAUGUUCAUGUGUUCACUUAUCUUUUUUUCUGCUUCUGUUUUUGGCAUGCACAUGCAGGGCAAUUGUUCCUAAGGGAAGCCAAAGUAUCACACCUGAGGUUGCAUACACACACACACACACAUACUGUACUAGAUAACAAAACAAAGCCUCUUUAUUCUGUUGCCUUUUUUAUGCCGUUGACUCUGGUUUAAGCCUCAAUUGACAGGAAAAUGAGUGUAUCUAUUGUUUAAAUCUGAGCUCAGGAAAGAAGUGCACAUGUUGGUCACUGCACUGCCCAUCAUGAUUUAUGUCCCUUCACAAGGGAAGCUUGUAAAUGAGCCUGUACGCACACAGGGUUGUCUGGGAAAUGGACUCAUUGUCCCAACAAUGCACCCAACUCUCAGCAUCCUCACCUUUUCCGUCACUUUCUCUCUUUCAGAGCACACACCCCUGUUCUCCUCCCUCCCCCAUUUCUAACCCCCUACAGCUUUCAGUUAAAAGCUCAUCUAUCUGCGUGUGUGUGUGUGUGUCUGUUUUAAUUAGGGCCUCUCCUAUUUAUGGCUGAAUGGCUGCUUCAUUAACAGAGAGAGACGACAAGACACACACACUGAUAUGUCCGGUUUGUCACACACAGCAAGGGGGGGAUUGGGUGUGUGAGUGAUAGAGAGAGAGGGGAGAUGGUGGGGUGGGGGUUGCUGUCGGGGUUUUCAUGACGCAACUUCCCCCAAGGGGCGGCCCUCCCAUCUGUGAGUGGGAUUGAAUGUGAGAAACAGUGAAGGACAGGAUGGGAUCAUUAAAACAAUGGAGUAAAUCUAGUUUUGAUUUUUUUGGGGGACUAUUUUUUCUGUGAAUGUAAACUUAAACUAUGAUUAAAGGAAAACUUGUUUGAUCUUUACAAUAGUGGGCACUAUCCAGAAAAUCAGCAGCUAACAUAAACCAUGUGAAAACUAAACGUUUCACUUGCUAUCAAUUUCCUUUUGAUUUUAAAUUUUUCCAAUCACCUACAACAAACAUUCCUUUUUUUCAAGUAUUUAUUUUUACAAAAACACAAGAAAAAAAUGCUGGAGCAGUAGAUGUUUAAAAAAACUCCAAUAAUUGCUCUCGUACCACACAUUUUGUUGUAGAAUUUGUCCUAUAACUCUUCAAACUGUAGGACUAGUGAAUCCACAUUUGUUCUAAAGCAGUGCUUCUCAAGUCCAGUCCUCAAGGCCCACUGUCCUGCAUGUUUUGGAUGUUUCCCUGCUCCAACACACCUGAUUCAAAUGAUGAGCUCGUUAUUAAGCCAUUACAGAGCUUGAUAACGAGCUGAUCAUUUGAAUCAGGUGUGUUAGAGCAGGGAAACAUCCAAACUGGACUUGAGAACCACUGCUGUAAUGGAAUAGGAAAAAAUCAACAAUAUACAAAUAGUGCCUUGGGGCUGAAUUAUUGCAUAGGAACCUACUGUAAAGUUUAAAACAUCUCUAUUGAAGAGUGGCCAGUGUCUGAGUGCGUUUGCGCCAUGGCCCCAGCAAGGAUUAAAAAAGAAUAAUUUGUAUUUUUUCACAACUUAUCUCACAAAAAAAUUCACAUACAAUAAAGAAAAGUAAUAGCACAUGGAUCCCGAUCAAACCGCACGUUUUGAUGUAUGAUUUGUCCCACAACUCUUCAAGCUGUAGGACAAUUAGCAAAUCGAAAUUUGUCCGGAAGAGGAAUAGGAAAAAAAUCCACUACAUAACAGUAGUUCCUAUACUUCUGUAAAGGGACCACUGCCUUGGUGCGUUUGCCCAUGGCUCAAAUAAACAAAUCCUGGCUGUCUAAUGAUGGAGUGGGUGUGGUCAGCCAUAUGCUCACAUCCAGCAGUGACAGUUAGCAGUCUAGGCAGCCUCACCCCAUUUAUGGCCUGCUCUGUGUGUGAGUCUGCAUCCUGGAGGACAGGAGGGUCACAUGGUUGGAGCAGCCCACCAGCUGCUCUCCUCGCCUUCCUCCUCUCUGACUCUGCAGACUGCUGCUGUUGACUCAUGAGAGCUGAUCCAUUUCAUUUUUAUGUUUAUUGACUGCCCUGUCUUUCUUGGCAGAGAUCCACAUAUACAUAUAUCGACCUUCUUUCUCCUGUCUGUCAUGUCUGUAACAACCCACUUUUUGCAUUUGUUUGUUUUUCCUGCCAUAUAAGUGCUGCUUCCUGGAACCAAAACUAAAUAGAAGCGACGAUAAUGGCCAAUUUAGGUUCUCCAUCCCGUCAUUCAUUACCGUUUCUGCACAUCAGUGCUUUUCUCUUUAGGACUAGAAAACGACGAAUGCUGUAGAUGGAAAGACUGUUGUUUAUUUAUAACUGGCUAUAUGCAUAUUUAUUUCUGUGCUGUGGAAAAUCUAGAAAUGUUUUCCUCUCUCCAAAAACAGCCUGUUAAUGAGCAGUUUUAAUUCUCACUGAAAUUAACUAGCAGAUCACCUCUUUUAAAACCUCUUUCAUAUUGUCCUCAAAGUUGUGCGAAGUCUCCACGAGUUAUUUUCUUCUGAAUCUUUUAGGUGUGGGUGUACGCUGGCAGCAGCUCAUUCCUGCUCAUGAAUGCUGUGUCACUACACAAAGUGUGGGUGACAAGCCAUCUCCAUGGCAACUUUGAGACAAUGACAGUUGAGAAGGGGAUAUUGAGAAAUGAACCCGUAUUAUGACCACAGGUCUUUGUGCUCAUUAACUCAUAUAGCAGUGCUUGCUGUGCUGAUGCAAUCACUUGGCAUGGUUCAGGCACUUUAUCCUGCAAAGAUAAUUUAUUCUAUCAAUUCUAUUGCAACCUGCCACUGUGACGUACACUUGCACAAAAAGCCAGCAGGGCAAACAUAUUUAUCAGACACAUUUAUUCAAUAUUUGAAAGGUCCAAUUGCUCUGUGUUUUUCCAUCAUAAUACAGUGACAAGAAAAGUCUGUGCGUGACUCUAUGAAAAUAUAUUGAAAAGUAUGUUGGCUGCUUACAUGAUUCUUUUCUUAGAUGAUCUGUCUGAUAUUUCAUCACUAGAUUGAGAAAGGGGACAUAUCAGUGUGUGAGAUGGCCGUCAUGUAAAGUGGAAAAGACUGAGUAAGUCAGCGUAAUCAUAGACACCUCCGCUGUGACUUUGAGUGGCUAACCUUUUACCUUAAAUGACGGCUCUGUUUACACAACAGUCAACAGGGCUUUAUUUAUGCCCUUUGUGAGCUUGCAGCCAAAAGACUGCCUGGUAGAGUAAAGACGUGCUGAAGCAGCCUUGUUGGUAAGGUCAGCACAGUCAGUGUUGAUUUAAAGCAGACACUUUGACUAUGGAAAAUUCAAUGAUUUUUGUGUGUUUCUUAUGAUUUCUCCCACAAUUCCUCUUAAACUUACCUCUUCUGGUACAGGGUGCUGCAGGAGCCCACAUCUGUAAAUCAGUCAUCUUUUUAAAAUCAAUCAACUAAUUAAAAGUGAACCUCUGGAGGACUGUUGGUCCAGCAGUUAAGCAUGCACUCCAUACUGUUGCAGGUGGCUGGUUUGACCCCGCUUAUGACCAUUUGCUCCAUUUGCUUCACAGUCAGUGAACACUUAUGGUGUCCGUCUUAAUAUAUGGUUUAUGAUUGUGUUUUUUCCUACCAGCAUAUUUAUGAUAGACUAAGGUUGGGUUGUAUAUUACGAGGUAAUGUAAGGUCACAUUCUUUCUGCUAACAAAUUACCUUGCCUGGCUAAGGUUGAAACAAGGAUGAAACUAAUGAGAUAGUUUGAUCGUGGCCUUCCAAAUUUUGAGUGGUGCCUAGACCAGAGACCUACCAUGAAGGGGAUCAGUUCACCCUCCUAGCGAUUGGCCCAUGCCACUGGCCCCCAAGUAAACCAAUAAACUGUACAUGCAACCAAACAACCAGUGCACGCAGUGGCACAUGUUGUGGUACGAUAUCAGCCACUAUUGCUGCUGGUCAAGCGAAGUAGAAGUAGAAGUGCUCUCUACCCUCCACUGACCCAGUUUCUCUGCUGUUUUUUUCACCAUAUUUCUUCUCAUUUUCAUUUUAUCAUUUUCGGUUUCUUGACUAAAGACAUUUUUCAAGAUUUAAAAAGCUGGCCCCCUUUCUCAUAGAGUCUUACUGUGAGCGUGUGUAUGAGUGUGUUUGCAUGUGCUUUAAGGGUGUGCUUGGGUUUUUUAUGGGAUUCCUGGAACAGCAGGACAUGUUGUCCUAGGAAGUGUGCCCCAGUGUGUACCAUGAGCCAUACAUUGACGUGCUUUUUUCAUGCAUGAUUUGUUGCACAGUUACAAACAUUGAUACCUACUGCAUGUGUAAGACAAUGUGUCUUUGUUAUGUAGUUGUGAAACCUCUGUAUUGUAAGACCUCUGUGAAAAUACAAAAGGGGCCCAAGUCUGCUCUAAAGGCAGGUCUUAUCUGCCUGCCGCUGCAGGUUAACAUGUUUAUCUUCUCUUCUUUUUACAUGCUGAACUUUAUCUGCUUGUGAAACAUGUUAUCUGACUCUUGAGUGAAAGCCGAGAAGGUAUUUAUUAUGAUUUAUAUGGAGCUACCAGUGAUAAAGCACAAUUUUUGCAGGGCUCCAAUUUGAGGUUGAAGGUUCCUUUUGAACUCCCUAUGUUGCUUCCUCUCUCCCCUGAGGCACACAGGAAGUUAAAGCAGAUGUGUUAAGCUAACGGACACUUUGACAACACUGCCAGUCUGUAAGUUUCUCUACCUCCCACUGCCAGCGCUAACACAAACCACUUUUGAUGUACAUAGAAGGCCAUGUGUGCUCACAAGCUGCCUUUUCCUACAGCCGCAAGCUUUUCUGCCCACCCCUCUCUCCUCGUAGACACACAACCCCUAUCAGUGUUACAAAACGCACGCUUACUGGCAUGCUUUUGAGCUAUUACAGUCAGUAAUGUAAUAUCAAGAUGAAAACACUUUAACAGUAAAAAGAUUGGCCUUAAUCUUGAACAAAAGGUCGAUAAGUUUAAAAAUGUAUUUUACACAUUUCUAUAAAGACACCAACGAGCCACAUGAGUGAUCAAAACAGAAUAUUUGAAAGGUUUCAUCCAAGAUUAGAAGGGAUUACCAGCCACCAUCACUAUAGAUCACAACAACUGGAAAAAAGCUGUAUUUUCAUAUGUCAACACAUUCCACUUCAUCCAUCAAUUGUAAUUUCAAUGUGGUAUUUCCCUCUCUUUGUUCUGCAGCACACAGCCACAAACCGUGUUUAUCUUUGGCUCCUUUGUUAUGUAACUAGAACGCUCUCGCUGUAAGGAUACAAGAAAAGUCGGCCUCUAGUGGCGUCUUUAACAAAUUACACUCCUCAGAUUGUUUUGAUUCUGAGGACACGCACACCCCCACUUGUGUGCCCAACACGUGCAAUAAAAUGCAUCUUUAGUACAACAGAGAGAUGCGAUUUGCUCUGUGCUUUCAGCCUUUAUAAGUCUGUCCUUAUCAGUCAAAUACAGGCAAGAUUCACUCAGAGGCGUUUUUACAACAGGGCUGUAAAUGAAUAUGAGUCAUUCCUUAUUCUUUGUGGGCAGAAAUGCACGUGACAUUGAAGCAAACAGACUUUGCUAUUUUUGUAUUGGCUUUUAUACUGUUUUAUGCUGCUAUUUUAGGACAAGAAUCUCAUUGGUAGUUGUGUCUAGACUUUUAUUAGCAAGAUAAAAAUACCAUAAAGUAAAUAAAAAUAGUAUGGAGUAACUAGUGAAAAAUACAUCAUGAGGGGAGAUUUAACUAUUGUUUGCUUUAAGAUGCAUGUUGAGAGUAAGUAGGAGGGAGCAGACAAGGGAGGGAGGGAGAGAGAGAGAGCGACACUGUGUGUGUGCAUGUGUGCGUGCGUGUGUAUGUGUGAGCGCAGCUAUAAAACAGACUUUGAACUCCAACCAGCUCAGUAGCAGACAGCUGUGCAGAACAAAGCGCAUCUCCUUUGUGAGGCUUUGCAGUGUGCUGAUAAACCGGACAGCAGGAAUCAAAAGACUUUUUCUGGAAAACAAACUUGAAAAUAAAAAUAGCAGAGAUGGCAACAAUGUUCAGAUACCCCGUCUUUCCUCAUCUGCAGGGUAAGUUCUGCAAAAAUGUAUUUUUAGUAACAGUAGAUGAAAAUGAGGUACUUGGCUGUUAGUCUUAAAGUGAUGUAAGUUUGAUCUACCCAUGUGUUCAGUUGAAAAAUUCUGAAUUUUCGUGAUUUCGUCUGUUCAUGUUGAGCACAAGUGAAGAUAUUUUCAUAGAGCGAAGCAGACUGGGGAUCAGCGGCUCUCCACGACAGUAGAAGUUUCUGCACUGUGAUUGAAUGUUGCAUGUGAUUGGCAUGAGUGUUGUUUAAACUCAGCAUUUCUUGGCUUUUUGCUCCAUGCAGUUUUGUGAUAGUUGUGAUAUUUUGUGAUUAUUUAGUGAAACAAGCCGUGUAUAAAAUACCCCGAUACAAUACCUUGUAUUUGUACUGUGCCAACAUCUGAGUCAAAAAUAGAAAUCACUUUGAUUGUGACGCAGUACAAAACAGAAGUUUGAUUCUUUUAGUCACUUAUGUUUGCAUAUCUAAGUGAUAUUUAAAGUGCGGGUGUCUGGUUUCAUCCUUUCAUUUUGCAUAUGAUUGCAAACAGCAGCGUGUUCUUCUUCUGUGUGGGAACAAUUAUGUAAUUCUAGCCGUGAGUCUCCAUCACCAUAGAAACCAUCCAAAAACUCUGAGCUUAUGUCAUAGGAUGAAGCAAAUUCUCACAUCAAUCAGAGUUGGAAAAGAAUGUCGAUUUCUGGGAAACAUUUGAUCCCUGUUAGUGUUUUUUCCACAGUGACACAGAUUUAAAGGGUUUCUGUUGUCAUAGCAGUUCUGCAUCUGAUCCCACAUCAUGGUAACAGUUAAAUAAAAGAUCCGUCUGUUUGCUUGUACUUUUUAACUCAGAUCGCUGUGACCCUGGUUUGUCGCUGUCCGCAGGGAGGAGUGUCAUGGCGGAGCCCGACUAUUUGGACGGAGACUGCGAUGAGCUCAUCAAACCCAAGAAGCUGAUCAACCCAGUGAAGAACUCCCGGAACCACCAAGACCUUCAUCGAGAACUGCUCAUGAACCAGAAAAGGUGAGGACACGGAUAAAAAAUACAUAUUUAUUAUCAAUUUACCGCUUACCUUUUAUUACUAACGUCUCCUCGUAAACUCACGUGCAACUUUUGAGGAAGAGAUUGUUAUUUUUAUAGCUAUAAACCAAGGUCUAAUCACGUUUUAUGAUCCACAAACAGUGUGCAAUAGUGAUUGCUGGGUUCAAACCUGAAAGUAAGACAGUAAGGCAGUAAUAAAACAGCAUUCCUGGUUGAUAUCUAUUCACAUGCAGCACAUAAUUGGAGUAAUGAUAGUUUACUUAUUAACCAGAGAGUUAAACUCUUCAAAGUUUCUGGGUUACUAUUAUUAGCUUGCUGGUUUAUGGCAACAGAAUAAAGUUUGCACUGAUCCAGUAAAUAUAAGCCAUAAAAAAUCAGUAAGGCCUGCAGCUCGCUAAAAAAAUUAGUUUAACCUCCACUAAUUUAAGGAUGAUCUAAUAUCGCCUGCUGCUUUCUUAUAAUUAAUCUCAAAGCAUCUGCACUGAUACCUCUGCAGGGUGUCACUCUAGUUGUCUAUACUUGUCCCUCCAACCACAUGCAGCAGUAUUAUAUAAAUCUCAGGGUAUAAAACUUUCAUGGAAGCUAUUAUAUAAAACCUCAAGUGCAUUAGUGUGUCAAAAAUUGGUUACGUAAAGGUCAGGUCGGAUAAACUGUACAGAAUAAAGCUGCUUUGGCCACUGAUAUCAACACUGGAUCAACAGCAUCAGAUUUAUUACAGUGUAUGUGAGCAUCCAUGUAUAAAUGCAUAUGCAUUAGGGAACCUGUGAUCAGCUUUUUCACACUAAAUGUUUAGAUUUUCUCUCAUCAGACAGUCCCAGCAGCUUUGUGCCCGAGCUAUUAAUAGCUACGUAAACACACAUGCUGUGGACAGCUGUUACAUCACAGCAGAGAUGCUCUGUAUGAAACAGGUCAAACAUUGAGGUGGGAUUGACUGAUGGAGGCUGGGUAUUAAUGAAUGAUGAGGCAGGAUACAGAGUCCAUUAAAGAAUUGGCAAAAAGUACAAGGGAAAAAUAUCUCUCCGUUCCGAGUUUAUUUUUGGUCGUCCAGACGGAAGAUGUCCUGGAGCAUCAGGAGAAGACUGAGAGAUGAAUCUAGUGGGCUUCUGCGGGGAUGAGCUUGUUAUGAUUGGGCUUUAUCAUGAACUGAGAGUGUAGAAAGCAUGGCUGCAUAGUGGAUUAGUCACGCUGACGAGCAAGGGGAGGGGUGGGUGGAGGAAGGAUGGAUGCAUGGAUGGAUGGAUGGAUGGACGGCUGCACGAAGGGAAAGAGAGAGAGAGAGAGAAAAAAGAGUUAUGUAAUCAAGAUUACAAAACAAUUUCUGGCUGAGGGCCUUUUCUCUGCCUGUGCUACCUUAGCUGUGAUGACCCCCCACACACGCGCGCGCACACGGACACAUACAUACACAUAUAUGCAAAGAAUGUCAGUAAUUUCAGCCGCUAGGAUGGUGGAAACUUUUGAGCAGACGGAGGUAUUGAUGUGGGGGAUUUUGAACACACAUAUUUCCCAGUGUGCCAGAGGGAGUGCACUCGUUGGAGGGGGUCGUGGUUAUGUAAACGUUGCCCACGGUGAAAUAAGAGUCCUGUAAGCAUCUUUACAGCCUGCCUUAUUGCUUUCAGUGACCUUGACCCCCCCUCCUUUCCUGUACAAGGUACUCGACAAACAACCUGACCUGCUCACCUCAUUCGCUCUCAUGUCUGCUUCAGCCUGCUAAGUGCUUUCAUAAGACCCCUGACUGUCAGGAAAAACAUCAGCGACUUUAGUGAAAGAAUUGCCUCCCACUUCUGCUUGGAACAUCAAGGACUUUGUUAUGUAAUCCUAAAGAUUUAAUAAUGGAUUUAAUUAAGGUGUCGUCGACUAGACUCUAGUCAGGCGGGUAGGCUGCUGUCUUUAGAAAGAGGAGAUGGAGAACGCAGCCUUUUCAGAGCCAGACUUUUAAUGCAAACUGAAAUCAUGUGGAGGGCAAUCUGGGUAAAAUGGUUUCUGAAUAGAAUUUGUUAGCGUUAUGAUCCACAGAUUGCCUCUUUUCUUUUACAGCCCUUUAUUGUACCUUCCUAAUACUUUGUGGGCUUUGCUGUUAAUUUGCUUUUUGCAUUUCCUAGAUACCCCCAAACCAUCUCUGUUCCCUUUUUUGUUAAGCAUCCCUCCUCUCAACUCUCUCAUCCGUAGCCCCCACCCUCCGCUCUUAUAAUUUGGAGGAGUUUCGGAGCAUUAUGUAACAUCUGAGACACACUCACACAUUACUAAGAUGUCCCUGUCCUCUUGUUGGAUUUUUGUCUCACAUGCUCUAGACAGUUGUGUAAUAGCCCUUCUGGUUUCCUAAGACUACUGCAACAAUAGUUUUUUUAAAGUCCAUUCUGAUGAUGAAAAACAGUCCACAACAUGAGACCGAUCUGCGUGUCAAACCAGAAUGAGGUCACAGUGAUUAUCUGUUACAUAUGAAUAUGAAGUGUGAUCUCUUUCCGAGUGUCUCCCCAACUCAGGCGGAGGUUUUUCUCCUCUUUUCUUUCUUUUUUUUUGAGUAAUCUGACAUGCUGCUUUCUUGAUUGUGUCUCCACAGAGGUUUGGCUCCUCAGAACAAACCUGAGCUGCAGAAAGUUCUGGAAAAAAGGAAGAGGGAGCAAGUCCUCAAGGCUCAGAGGGAGGAGCAGGAGGCACACAAGAAGAGGAGCGACCUGGAGAUAGAGCUCAUGAAAAGACAACAGAAACUAGAGCAGGUAAAUGAUUAAGAAAGCAAAUAUGAAAUGUCCCCUCCGGCAUGAUAAAGAUCAAAGCUGAUUGCUGGUUUUCAAUCCUGCAAGCUGAUACAAGAUACAGUUUAUGUUGUUGUCAUCAGUUAUCAGCUCUACACUUUUAUGACCUGGAUGUUAAUGUGUGUGUUCCCGCAGCUGGAGCUGGAGCAACAGAAAAUUGAGGAGGAACAGGAAAACACUCCCGAGUUUGUGAAGAUGAAGGGCAAUCUGCGCAGGACCAAGCAGGAGACCAACGAGGAGGAACGAACCACUUAAUAACCAGCAGGGUGUCUGAGCCUGGCUGAUUGUGCGCAUGUAUGUGAGCACAGAGAGGACACGAGUGUGUGUACAAAGAGAGAAAGAGAGAGAGAGAGAGAGAGAAAGAGAAAGCGUAUGGUGGUGACCCUACCGUGGUCCAAGAUGAACUUCCUGGCUUUUCCCAUCCUAGCUGUUGCUCCCUGCAGUACGGAGAGAGACUUUACAGACUAAAGAUCCCCUCCUUAUCUGUUUGCCUGCCUGCCACGGACCGCCAGUACUCACCUCUGCUUCUCACACAACAUCCAGCAGUACACAGCACCCCCUGCAGGACGGACUCUUACACAUCUUUCACAGAGGGCGAGCAAGCUUCCAGCUCUGAUGGAGACACAACCAAACACACAGACACACAGGAGUUUUUUGUUCCCUCUGUUUUUACUCCUCUCUCCACAGAAAAGCUGAUGUUUCUUUUGACUGUUUUUGAUGUUGUUAUUGUUGUUAUUGAUUUUUGUCUCAUCUUCAGAAUUAAUAAGGAAAAGCGGACACUGGAUGGACUCUUGAAGCUGUGUAAUGUAAAAGCCAAACAAAUGUGCUUUUGUUAUUUAUGUUUGUAGCUUUUAGCCCGGGUGUAGGAGAGGACACUCUUAGUCAUUUUUGUGUUUUAGUUGAACAGCAUAGUUAAAGAAGCCAGAACAGGACAAAGGGAGUGAAUGAUUGUGUGAAACACUCAAAUUUGCUUUAUUACCAUUAUUUUAUUUUAAUUUUAACAUGCCAUUUUUUCAGCUAAUGCAAUGUUGAGCAAUAGUGGAACUCCCAGGCAUGAGAGUGACAUUUUCUUGAUAUAUUCUGUCGUUUUGUAUAAAUAAAAGUGUUACUUAUUAAUUUAUGAUUUUGUCAGGUUUGGUCAAUAACAAUAAACCCUGUCUUAUUGGUCUUUUGUGCUUAUAUAAACAAAAGACCGGAUGUUUAUAUGUUGGGAAGCUGUUGUAAAAGGCUGAUUGAAGGGAGUUCCCAGAGUACAGCUACCUGCAUGGCUCCUGAAAACUGAUAAGCCUCCCGGAAUAAUAGAGCCGGAGUUUGCUGUCUUUACUGACAUUGGAGCCAUUGAUGUGCUGGUAGAUAAGUUAUAAGGGUGUAUCUAGAUUAAAAAUGGCAAAAUAAUCGAUAAAUUCCAAAAAGGCUACACAGCGUGAGAGGCUGUGAUAGCGUGUUGGGGGGGAAUAUCUAGAGGAUAGUUAAAUAUUGUACAAAAUUAAGCAACUGGUCAACACUUCUGGUUUGUCAGUCUCCAAAAGGUAUUUUAGAGCAGCAUAAUCCUGUGUUUUUUUCCAAAGUCUUAUUUUUAAUAAACAUCAUUUUAAUGCGUUCGAUUUAUUUUUCUGUAUCUUGCUUGAGUCUGUGGAUUUUUUUUUAUCUUACUUAAAGAAAACCCUAUUUUCAAAAUGGAAUGUGAUGCAGGAAUAACAGCAAAGCGGUGUGCUGAUCAAAUGGAGCUUAUCUUAUCUCUACGAUAAGCUCUGUCUAUUUAGUCUGAAGCUGAUGUUGACUUUGCUCACAUACUGCAGCACUCAGAUGUCUAGACUUUUGGCAGUAUUUGGAGUAGAAUCAGGGUCACUUGUUAUACAUCUGGUUCUUAUUGAUAGAAGGGAAAGGUAAAUCUGAGACUGAAGCUACUAUAAGGCACAACUAGGAACCCAGGAAAUCAAGUACUUGUGUAAAAUGCAAUGAAUUCGUAAAAAUUUCUUAGUAUCUUUGUUAGAAGGUAAUUAAAAUUGGCAAUAUUAAA